GUCUGUCUGCGGCUUGCAAGACAGAGGCGUAUCGAAUAGUGGGCGUGUCGUUUAGUGACAUCACUACUCGACACGCCCACUAAAUAGAGGGAAAUCACGUUAAACCACGCGAGAUGUAAAAUGCGCCAAAGCUACAAAAAAAAAAUAAACAGGAAGUUAACUAACCUUGAACGUUGGUUCCGGCACCCGCCAAAAAACAAGAAAAAAAUAAGAAGAAUGAAGGACCGUAUGCAGACUCUCCACCCUACUAUUGUCAUUGGGGGUAAACCUCCAGUGAUUUGUGAAAAUGAAAAGUACCAAUGUGCAGUUUGUCAAAAACAUGGUGAAUAUGCAAAUAUUUUUGCACAUGUGCAAACUCAUGAAAGGGCAGCUGUCCAUCAUGGAGGUUAUAAAAUAUUCAGGUGCCUGCGUGGCUGUGUUAAAACGCCACACCACCACUGCUUGUAUUGUGGCCGCACAGUCACCACACAGGACUUCUUCAUAAGGCAUCUUAACACCUGCAGCAAUGUGGUAACCUUAGCCUCCUCCGUCCCUGCAGUCAUAGUCUCAGCUGCCUCCUCUGCCACUCAUGCCACCAGUGACCAUGGAGCCUCCUCAGCCACUCAUGCCGCCAGUGCCUCACCUUUCUCCGAUGCUACCCGUGCCACUCAUGCCACCUCAGCUGCCUCCUCUGCCCCUGAUGCCGCCUGGGCCUCAGCUGCCUCCUCAGCCACUCCUGCCACCAGUGCCUCAGCUGCCUCCUCUGCCACUCACACCACCAGUGCCUCAGCUGCCUCGACAUUUUCGCCCCUUGUCUAUCUUAUUGUAAAGUCAUGAACAUUGACCUUAACUGAGUCCAGUGAGUUCUGCAGGUCUUUGGGUGUUGUUCUGGGGGCUUUUGUGACCUCUCGGAUGAGUUUUAGUUGUGCUUUUUGGGUCAUUUUGGUCGGCGGGCCUCUCCCACUAUUACUUUACAUUGUCAGGCAGGUUCUAUUUUAGUGAUUUCUUGUUGAGAAUUUGUCAAUAACAAAGACCUUCAUUUAAAAACUG